CUGUGGUGUAUAAACAUUCAGAUUUCCGAGUAGAGAUUAAAUUGAUGAAAACCAUUAAACAAUUUCGUAUUUUGUCCUCCAAAUAAUGGAUGAAUUGUAUUGCACUUACUGUAGAUUGUGCGCAGAACCAAAACAGGCAGACCAAUUGUGUGAUAUACAAGAGAACUUCCACAAAAUAGCGUUAAAACUAAAUCGAAUUAAUGCCAUUUCGAAUUUCGUCGAAGGUGCACUCCCCAAAACUAUUUGUUUCAAAUGUAUGAGUGCAUUGAAUGAAGCGUUCCAAUUUGUUAUUGCAGUCGAAAAGGCACAGAUUCUGCUCGAACAUAAAGUUAACGAGGGACAAGUAAAGGCAGAAUGCGGCAGCGACAAUGAGACAUGUUCCGAUGUACGGGUGGAUGUCAAAUCUGAAAUGGUCGUUGACAUUAAACAAGAGAGCUACCAUAGCGAUGAACAGCCGAACUGUGAUACUGAGUUUGUAGCAGCAGAACCAACGACAACAAAACCUAAUAAAGAAAAACCAUCAAAAAUACAGAGAGCGAAGAAACAAAAUAAAAAAUUAACAGUAAAGCUGAAACAUAAAAGUGAUCAUAAGUCUGAAAAGCAAAAGUCGACUUGGAAGGACUACCCUUGGACAUGUUCAGACUGCGGGACAGUGUUUCCGUCUCAGUGCGAGCUCACAGAGCAUUCCAUGCAAGUGCACAACAUUUGUAACCCAUACCGUUGUACCGAUUGCAACAUGCGUAAGGGUAAUCUUAAUAAAUUUAUGAAGCAUGUAAGGCAGCACAGAAAAUUUUUAAGGUUUUCUUGUUAUAAGUGCUUUAAAGAAUUUUCAGGUCCUCAUAAGACAUACAAGCAUAAGUGUUAUGGUGGAACUGAUCACGUUUGUAAGGGCUGUAAUGGAACCUUUCAAACUGAAGAAGAUCUUAGCAAACACUUCUCUGUUUUCUUUAGGGAUCUCAGAAUUUCUCAGCCCAACGCAAGCACCGAUUUAGAUAAAGUGGACCUCGAUAACAUGAGCUGUAAGAUUUGUGAUAAAGUCUGUAGAAGUAGAUGGUUUCUAUUUGAUCAUGUGUCCAGGCAUUCGGAACGCACCAGCAGUCAUAUCUGUGAGACCUGCGGUAAAUCAUUCUACAAUAUAUACAGUCUAAGGAAUCAUGUUAUUGCACACACUGAUGCAAGACCGUUCGAAUGUGAUGUCUGCAAACAAAGGUUCAAAACUCGCAGUCAGAUAAUAAACCAUGUGAAAGGCCAUGAUUCAUUUAAGCAGUAUGCUUGUGAACAAUGCGGUCGUCGCUUCAAACUCAAACAGCAAUUGAAUUCACAUAGUAUUAUACAUACAGAUUUAAUGCCACAUGUAUGCUCCUAUUGUAAUAAAGCAUUCCGCUUUAAGAAUUUAAUGAUACAACAUGUUCGACUGCAUACAGGUGUCAAGCCAUACUCAUGUGACCCGUGUGGCAGGGAUUUUACAAAUUGGUCCAACUACAACAAGCAUAUGAAGAGACGACACAAUAUGAAUAUGUCGAAAAGGAAACCGACAGAGGUUCUUCCAAACUCAAAAUUAGUGACAACGUAAAAAUUUUCUGAUUUAGAAUGAAAAAUAAGCAAAAUGAGAUAAACACUUACGAGAUGUUGUGUUUGUGAUGUUUUAUUUAUUUAAAGAAUUUAUAAUAGUAUUGUUAUGUGCUUAUGAUAUUUUAAAAAACCUUUUGUGAUAUUCUUCUAAGCUAAACAAUAUGUUAGUACUGUAGUUCUUAUGCUAUCCACUAUAUACUUCUAUGUAUUCUUAAACCUGAUAAAAUAUAAUAAAUACUUAUAUUCCUGACAAAAAAACCAGCAGGGAUUCCUAUAGUUUGAUUAGCUUUAACAGAACGAAUAAUAAAAUUAAAAGCUAUCUUAACUACAA